UUACGGUCUUGCCCGAAUUGAGAUCGUCUCAUCUACCCUCUUGGAUAAUACGAAAAACGCGAUAGAAACAAAACAUAUCAAAAUAGUAGUGCCUACUCUACCCGAACUCAACCCGCAAACAAAUUGUAAAUUUCGCAGGCGUCCACAGAAGCAGCAUGAGCGGACAUCAACGUGUCUCGAGAAUCGUCCAAGAUUAGCUUAAUGGCUUGAGGGGAGUGAUUACUCGGGCCAGAGAUAAUAUUUUUAUAAAAUAUUUGAUACAAACUGUCGGAACGUCACUACUUUGUCUGGAUCCGGCUGUCCGUCGAUACAGUUAAGAUCCGUGGCCACCGGACCACAUGAUGCCACUCGAUCCGCGCCCGCCCACGCGCCUGGUUGUUUUGUAGAACCCGAGCUCCCCCCAAGAAAACCAGCUAAUUGCCCGUGAAAGAUCUGGCGAAAAUUAAGAAAUAUUCCGAGAGACUGUAAAAGUGAAUCCAAAGUGUGUGUGUGUGAGUUCGGUGCCCGAAAGCGGAAGAGACCAAUGUGCCAAGUGAGAUCGCAACGUAUAUCAACCCCCAAUUAGGAUGGUGCAGAGCGAGCAUCCCAACGGUUUGGGACCCGAGGAGCAGGAUGUGGAGACUGGCAGCCCGGAUUCCCGAGAAGAAUCGGACGUUGAGUCCCGACUUCUAGACAAUGGAAAGACCUAUGACAAAGAAAAGGAGGCGGGCAUUAAUCUGGGUGGUGAGGCACCCACUCCGAAAGCACCCAAAUCCAAAAAGAAGAAACAGAAAUCCGAGCAGGAUCGCCUGAUGACCGCGGAAAUUAACAGGCUGCUAGAGGAAUCUCCGCUGGAGAAGAAUGUCACUUGCGGCUUCUGGAUUUUCAAGGGAAAGUUCUACCAACGAUUUGCCAAUCAAACAGCAUACGUUUUACUAUACGGCAUCGUGGGCUGCAUCUUUUCAAUGACUUAUGCCUACUUCAAUGGCACGAUCACCACAAUAGAAAAGCGUUUUAAGAUACCCUCGAAGAACACAGGUAUUAUCUCUGUGGGUAAUGACAUAAGUCAGACUUUGGUGUCUGCGGUUUUGGCGUAUUACGCGGGAAAGGGUCAUCGGCCGAGAUGGAUUGGGUUUGGUCUUCUCACCAUUGUUCUUUUCUGCGUUCUAACCACUGCACCACAUUUCCUGUACGGACCAGGGGAAGAUGCACUGGCCCUGACCUCGGAGUUUGGCGGGAUGCCCGAUGAAAAUGCCACGAUGGAGGCCAUUGAGGAGCAGCGAUCCAAGACCCUUUGCCGUCUGAAUGGCGGUGGAGCGGAGUGCGAAGUCGGUGAAGGAAACUUUGCCCCCCAACUUCUGCUCUUCGUGGCGCAGUUCAUUUCGGGAAUCGGAGGAUCCCUGUACUACACCUUGGGAGUGUCCUACAUGGAUGAUAACACUAAAAAGUCUAAGACUCCGGCAUUGCUGAGUCUCUCGUAUUUCCUGCGCAUGCUGGGUCCUGCGAUUGGAUAUGCCCUGGCAUCCUUCUGCCUGCGGCUCUACAUUGCUCCGCAGAUGCAUCCGGUGAUCAACAACAAGGAUCCUCGCUGGCUGGGCGCCUGGUGGCUGGGCUGGUUGGUGAUGGGCGGACUGCUUUCCUUCUCCGGGGUUUUCCUCUCCAUGUUCCCCAAAGAUUUACCCCGGGCGGUGGCCCGCAGAAAGGUGGAGGAGAAUCGGCGGCUGGAGAAGGAGCGUCUUGCGGCGAAGAGUACGGAGAAGGAACGCCUUACCGCCGAGUUGGACCAAAAGGCACCCGUAGAGGCAAAAGCCUCAUUCCAGGACAUGCUAAAGACCUUCCGGCGCCUGAUCACCAACAAGACGUACAUGUGCAACACGCUCUCGAGCAUUUUCUACCUGGUUGGCUACACGCCCUACUGGAUUUUCACGCCCAAGUACAUCGAAGUGCAGUACCGCCAGUCGGCGGCCACUUCAUCCAUGGUCACCGGAACAGUGGCCCUGGCCUUCUCCGCCGUGGGAGUCCUGCUCUCCGGCUUUAUCAUAUCCCGCUAUAAGCCCAGGGCCCGCUAUAUGGCCGCUUGGAACGUGAUCGUGGGCUUUCUCACGGUGGCCGGAAUCCUGGCCUAUGCCUUUAUCGGCUGCCCGGGAAAUGAAAGUUCCGUAAUCGUCAACAUUCACGAUAGUUCCCUGGCGGGCAACAGCACCACCUGCAAUUCGGCCUGCUCCUGCGACUACGUCCGGUAUUCUCCAGUUUGUGGCGAGAACAAAAUGACCUACAUUUCCGCCUGCCACGCGGGUUGCAAAAGUCUGCACGUCAACUCCGAGGGAAAAAAGAUCUUCUACGACUGCUCCUGCAUUCCUGGCAUUGAGAGUGGUAAUACCACCGGUCAAUUCAAGCGCCUUACCAGCCUGGACUUGAAUAGCGAUGACUUCAGCCAGGACACGUCGAUGGUCAGCACAUUGGAGAGUCUAGCAAAUGGUCAGGCAAUGCCCGGAGCGUGUCCCGUGAACUGCUGGACCCAGUUCGUGGCCUUUUUGGCCGUGAUGUGCUGCCUGAAGUUCGUGGGAGCCAGUGGCAGGGCCUCCAACUUCCUGGUAUCCGUACGUUGUGUUCCAGAAAAGGACAAAACGGCAGCCAUGGGCUUCGGGAUGACUCUUUGCUCGAUGUUGGCCUUCAUUCCCAGUCCGAUUUUCUUCGGUUGGGUCUUCGAUAGGGUCUGCCUGGUGUGGGGUAAGACCUGCACAAACAAGGGAAACUGCUGGCUCUACGAUCCGCUUUCCAUGAGGUACUCACUGAACUUCACCGCAGCUGUCUUUAUUGCCAUAGGGGCCAUUUUCGAUCUGGGGGUUUGGUACUACGCCAAGGAUCUGAAAAUCUUCGACGAGGAAGUUAAGGAGUUGGAGAUGAAGAUUGUCCAGCACGAGGAAGAGGCCAACAACGAGAAGAAUACAGAGAUCUAGACCUAAGUUAUUAUUACUCCUAAGUGCUGUGUGAUUGAGAGUUUUUGGUGCCUUGUCUUGUUAAUAUCCAUGUGUGAUUUCCCCCGUAGAGUCCAGUACCAUAAUAAAAGGUAUUGUAACAGUAAG